UGCGGCAACGAUCCGACUUCUUUCACUAAUAUAAAGGUCAAUUGAUCUUUGAGCAGGACGCACUUCUAACCUGACACUUUGAACAACACUCUGCGCUUAGUUUUGGACAUUUGUUGCAGCUGAGAAACUUUGUUGAGCAACUACAUCAUGCCUUUUAAGAAGGGCUUUCUGCUUUGCUUAGCAUUAGAACUGACGAUAACMAUUUUGUGUGAAGCAAGAGAUGUUCAGAGAGCAUAUAUUGGGCAGCGAGAUUUCGGCGAUUGGUACAACAAUUACGAGCCAUAUUACGAAAAACAAGGCAGUAACAAAGAACCUGAAGAACAAGACARUUUUAACUUUUGGGAUGAAAAUGAUGGUCCUCGAGGCGGAAGGCGAAGUCUUGAUUAUCAAAAUGGACGAGAAAUUAAUAUGUAUGAUGGCCCGCGGGGAGGAAGAUCCAUUUUAGAAAAUGGACCUCGUGGUGGUAGGUCCUUGGAAAAUGGACCGCGAGGCGGCAGAUCCCUAUCAUCAAAUGGUCCGCGCGGUGGACGUUCUUUAGGAUAUGGUCCCCGUGGAGGAAGAUCAAUAUAUGAUGGUCCACGAGGUGGACGUUCUGUAUAUUAUGGUCCCCGCGGAGGUAGAUCCAUUGAAUACGGCCCUCGAGGUGGAAGGUCCUUGCAAUACGGGCCCCGAGGUGGGCGGUCUUUAAGAAAUGGUCCACGUGGAGGAAGAUCCUUGAAACGCAUGCAGCGUGCCGGACCUCGUGGCGGUAGAUCGUUAGCUCAAAUGGGACCUCGAGGAGGACGUAGCCUUUCUGCGAAAUUACGAAUGAAGAGAAAUGUGUUGGAAGAUGGAGUUCACGGAGAUCGCAGUGUGUUCAAUGUAUUUGAUGGUCCACGAGGAGGAAGAAGUAUGGAAGACGAGUUCGGUCCAAGAGGAGGACGUAGUAUGGAUGGACCGCGUGGUGGACGCGACGAGUCUGAGGGACCACGAGGAGGACGCGACGAAUCUGAAGGUCCUCGAGGUGGGCGCGACGAAGCUGAAGGACCACGUGGUGGACGUGAUGAAGCCGAGGGACCACGCGGUGGACGCGACGAAGCUGAAGGACCACGAGGAGGUCGAGACGAAGGCGAGGGACCACGUGGAGGCCGCAGUAUAACACAUGAUGGACCUCGAGGUGGAAGAGAUGUAUCAACGAAAAACAUUGACAGCCACUCAAGAACGAAGAGAGUCGUUUCUCAAAACCAACUCAAAGCUUCUUCAUAGCAGAUUUCAUCAAAAAUCAAAUAGUCACUCGCCAUUAUCCACGCCAUGUCUUGUCCUGAGMUUAGUUAGACUUAUUGAUGGUUAAAUAAAUGUUGCAUUUGUAAUAUUUACUAUACAAAUGGCGCAGGACUUUGUUGUUGUGAAAAGGAAAUAUUGGCUACAAAUUUUUAAUCCUUAACGUAGUAACUCAAAUAAAAGAAAGACAUGGAAAAUCGUGA